AUGGCCUUCCUGCUGCCCUUGUGCCGUUGCUCACAAGCGGUGGCGGAAGCGGCGCUGGAAGACGCGGACGAGAAGGACAUCCAGCAGGAUGGAGAUGCCAAGCUGGGCCUGCCUCACUUCGAGGAGCUUUCUGUCCCAGCGGCUCCUAGCAAGGUAGCACCAGAAGUGGAGGAACAGGCUGCUUCUGAGCAUUCAACGGCUACGCCUUCAGGUUCUCAGGAGGCCGCUCCGGAAGUGGCAGACACGCAGCUGGCAUCGCAAGCGCCGGCGCCGCAGGAAAAGCAGGAAGCAAAGGCUGAAGCAAAGCCUACGCAGCCGAAGCCAGCGCAGAAGGCGCCAAAGCGGCCGCCGGAACCCCUCACAGGGCUGGACGAGCAAAACUUCAACGACCGCGGGGUGUCCACGCUAGAUGAGUCGAAGAAGUUCACCUACACCAUAGGAAACGAGUACAAGUGCGAGCUCAAAGGAUGGACGCACACCAGACCGUACGCAUUUGGCUUUGUUCGCAACAAGCCUGGCACAGCACGAGCGGUGGUCUCUGGCCUUGACCCAGAGGUCGCCUACUUUUGGAAGGUCUAUCAGGUGGCGAACCUCUACGGAAGUGCCAACAGCCUCUCUGUGAAUGGGGAGGACCAGGGCAAGACCACGGCCAGCAAGUCAAAGGAGGCCACUGCAUCGGGCAAGGCGGUGGCAGACAAAGCAGGGAAGAUCACCUUCACCUUCACUCGGGAAGGUGAUGAGGUGCACCUGUCCGGCCUCGCUGUAGGUCGAGAGGAGGAGAAAGAGGGGAAGCCUAAGCCGAAGGCAAAAGCGAAGGUCAAGGCCAAGGCUAAGAAGUCAGGCAAGAAGGAUGAAGAGAAGUAUGAUGAGCUGGGUCGACGGAUCGACCGCUUGCCGCAGAACAAAAAGACGGUCUUUGACUCCUCGUCAGAUGAGGACUUCGAUGACAACUGUCCAUCUUCGAAGAAGAACGCGGACUUUGAGAGGGAGCUGAAGAGGAUGAAGAAGCAGGUUCGAGCAGGCAUGAGCGCGCAACAGCGGGAGGAGAUGGAGAAUCCUUGGCUUCACACGCAGGUCUCGGACCAGGAGCGGCAGCUCAAGAAGAACAUGUUUAAGAGCUUCUACCAAGAGCAGUAUGCGCGGCUGAAGGCCAAGGCCGGGCCGGACCUCGAGCAGUACGACAAGAAAGAUCCGACCACCGGGGAGACGCUGGCGCCGAAUCUGAAGGCGGAAGGGGGGCACCGGCCCAUGCCGCGGCCCAGGGGCGUCAAGCCGCCCUCGGACUUCCGGAAGGAUGUGGGCCGCAUCUCCGGGAAGGACCUGCGGGAGAAACACGGAUGCGAAGGCCCGCGGAUGCUCAUCUCAGUGUAUGGUGACAUUUUCGACGUUUCUGAUCGGCCAGAUAAGUACGGACCAGAUGGGCCAUACUGGUACAUGACCGGCAAAGACAUCACUUGGGCCCUCGUGAGCGGUGAGGACUCUGAGGAGAACAUGGACAAGUUCUAUGACCUCUUCAAGAUCCAACCGGCCGAAGCGGCAGACCGGCGGUUGCAGGGGCUCAUGAGCUGGUGGGCCUUUUACGAGAAGGAGUACGGCCAGCCGGUUGGCCGGAACACGGCCUAUGACAAGGAGUGGGGGCUUCCAGCUCCGCCUCAUGUGGAAGCUGCCUGCUCAGUAAUGUGA